AACAGUCAAGGCCAAGAAGAACAGGGUGCCAUAAAUUCCAGAACAAGAAACUCCUACGUAGCAUGGGCAUGACGUCAACCUAUUCUCCUGAAGAGUUUGUCGGUCUGACCACCAUCGCAUCAUCACCGUGUGAAAAUAACAACCUGCCCCCACCUGCAGCAUUCCUUUCAUCGACAUCGUCGUCCUCGUCGUCGUCAUCGCAGCAGUGGAGCAUUAUGAUCACGCCCACAUCGAGCCCCACCAAAGAAAUGGAAGGUGUCGUCAAUGAACCACAGAAGGUUGAGGAGGUUAUCAACGACAAUGCCUGCUCGUAUUGCAGCGACGAUGACCACCCCGACGACGUCAACGACGAUGACAGUGAUGCAGAUACGAUGACAGAGCGAGGAGCGGAUAGAUUUGUUUUGGAUCCUUGCAACGAGCUUGAUUUAGAACAAAUUGAAAAGUACUGAAAUGGUGUAGAGAAAGGGAUAUUCAUAGUGUACUGAGAAUGAGAGAGAAAAGAGAACGAGAGAUAAAAAGAGGAAGAACAAAUAUCCAGAUUUGAACCUGGAAGCAGGAAACAGAUGGGUCGUCGUUUGUUCUUUCUGAUUGGCUGAUUCAAUGAAGCAAGGAGUAUGGACUCUGCAUGUGUGAGAAAAAUACUGACAGUAUUACGACUAACGCAAUUUGGGCGUAUCAUUAUUUUCUUCUCAUUUGUCAAAGAUAUAAAAAUGUCAGGAGCUUUUUUUUUCCUCGACGCAAUUGAGACCAAAUCGAAUGAUGUGAUGAUUAGAAGAUGAAAUGAAGAAAAAUUGACUUUCAAGAAAUUGCAUUUUUGUCAGGCCUACAGCUUUGUAGAACUAGCAUUGUAGUUCUUGAAUUGUGUGAAGAUUGGCAGUUCAAAAUUUAACGAACAUGACAGUCAUUUUUUUUUUACAAAAAUCUUUUGUUUCAUGUUCAUAGUAACAACAGGAAAAGAAAGUGCUUUAAUAUUUUUAGAAACUGUCUGUAUAAUUGACAACAAGUGAUGCGAUAUUUUGCUGAUUAUUGGUGUGCCUAUGCAAGUUUUAACUAAACAGUUUGAAAAGAAGAAAAAGAAAGAAACUUAGGAGAAUAGAUUUUCCUGAAGCAUGCAGAUGAAAUGAAAGGAAAAAUUAUGGUGCAUGCUUUGCAACGGUCAUAUGGUAUUCAUUCAAAUCUGGUAUUACUGACGGUUCUUUUUUUUUUUAACAUUGCUGAAUUAUAUUGUGAAAAAAAAGAUAUUACUUCAACCUGCAUCAUGCAGUUUGUAGCGCUUAAGUGAGAUAUAGGGAAAAGACAGGCUGUUAACCAAUCAAAGACGAUUUCUCAAAAUGACUGACGAUAUUUUAGAUAUUUGCAUUUCCAGGACUAGAAUUAAGAAUUAGGAAGUUAAAGAGUGAAACAUAUACAAGUUUUCAGAACUUAAGUUUUAAAAACUGAAAUUAUAUAUAAUUAGCCAGAAUGAUACAUCAAUUGGGUUGCAAGCAAAAUGCUUGCUUAAAUAGCAUAGCAAUAUACUAUAAGAUGUUAGUAAUUGAGUGAUUUACUGAAUCUAUUUAUUUCAUUAUCCGAUUUGAUAUACACAUUUAAUCCAAGCAGUUGUAGAAAGCAGCCACUGUCUAUCCCAUCAGGCUCAUGUUUUCCUCCGUAAACAUUCAAUUAAUUUGAUUUUAACUUGCAAAUAUGAGUUACACGCAAUGGGACUAUGACACUCAAUGAAUUUGAUUUAAUUUGCAAACAUAAGUUACUUGCUGUGGGACUAUGAGAGAGAAACCUUAUGAUUGGUACUGACUUUUGUCUAUCAUCUCUACCUCAGAAUUAGCUCUUUCACAAUAAAAAGAAAGGACUAUCUUUCAUUCAGACUGCUCUGAUACUGGGGCAGCUUUCGUGUGUAGGCUGUGUGAUUAGUCUCAGCGGGGCGUUUCACAAACACUUAAGUCCGACUUAAAGUCACGCUUCAUAAGUUCCCAGAAUGCAUCAUGCCAUCAGAGGUGUAAUCAUUGAUGCUGUCGUGUGUUGAAUAUCAUGUGCGCAUUGGCGCUUAAAGCAUGACUUUUAAGAUUUAAAGUCUUUGUGAAACACCCCACAGAAACGUCUGUUUUUUAUGUCUUUGUAGAUUCAUGUUUCUAGGGUCUGAUUCCAAAGACUAGAGUUUGUUCCUAUUUUUUUCCUUGAAAAGGGAAAGUCUCUGAUUCAUUAUUUGUGAAUGAAAUAUAUGUGUUAAAGCUGUAAUUCAAUAAAUGUAACUAUAAUAUUUUGAUUGAUGAUAUAAUUGAUGCAUUUCUCCUCGUAAUAAUUUGAUAACAUGUAAACAAGAGAGAUUGUGUACAGAUUAAUGCAAAAUAAGUUGAUGCAUGUCAAGGAGACAUAUUAAGUUGAUUUUUUGUUUCUAUUUGUAGCAAAUGCCAUUAAAAAAAACUAGUGCAACCAUUUUAUAAUAACUGUUACAAUAGGUGAAGUGUGUAGAUAGUCAUACCAAAUAGAUUAUAUAUUUGUUUUGUUUGUGAGUGCAAAGUCCUUUUUCUAUCCCUUCUUAGGAGCUGUAAUAUGCUUCCGUGAUAAAUAUUUUGUUUCCAAAUAAUGCUAUUGCUUUUUUUUAUCAUCCCUCGAGCAAGACACAUUUUGUGUCCAGCCAAUUUUGCAGUGUUACAGUACUAUUCUUCAUUAUUGUAUGUGUUAUAAUAGCUUCUUUUUGAGCUACGUUUGAAAUAUAGUGUGCAAAAAAAAGAGUUUUUGUUUGUUUUUGAAAACAUUUAAUAAGUAAUAACCGAUAGUGAGAGACAUGUAUUAUGUAUUGUGUGGAUGCAGGUUGCAAUUCAAGCCCAUUAUUUUGAUUAAUUUGUAACAUGUUUGGUGUACGAGAGUCGCUUAUUGAACGAUUGCUGAAGACGUUUCUGUACCAUCAUAUAUGUUUUGUUACCAUUUUUCAUUCUUAAAAAAAAGCACUGUUUGGGUAUAUAGUAUAUAAUUACACACAUAGACUAAUAACAAUCAACAAUCAUUUGUAAUAUACUUAUAUUGUGUGCUGUGUUUUGCACUAGUUUCUCUGAAUAAGAUGCAAUUUAAAUUUAACCUUGAGUAAAGUAGUCCUUAGUAGAUAAUUGUAAGAUGAAAAAAAGCACCAACAAAUAAGAUCAAUAUAAUGUUAUUGUGCAUAUUGCUAUAAAUGUCAUUAGUGAUAGCAGAUACACGGUGUGAUAGUCCAUUUACCAUAACAAUAGCUGACUUACAAUCACAUAUAAAAGAUUGUAGGCCUCAUCUUAUUAUUUUCUUUGUGUCAUCUUAGAGGCGUAAAGACAUUAACCUAAGUAAUUGUGUAACAUUCGCCCUUCUGUCUCUUCUUACCAAGUGAUGUUUUUUUGAAAUAUUUUGUAUUAAACCUGUCAGUCUGAGUGCAUUUUGUGUGAGCGUGUGUGUGUUUCUCUCUCUCUUUUAUUUUGAAUAAUGUUUGUUUGUUUUUUUGUGCCAGCCUGUCUUUGUUAGGUAACUUGCCAACUACCUAGUUUCCAGUAGAAGGGCAAAUCCACAUGGGAAACAAAAAAAAUAUGUAUAAUUGUUCAAAAAUCUAUUUCAUUUUGUUCUGAAUAUCUUCAACACAAUGGAAUGAUAGUAUUCAUAUAAGGGAAAGUCAACGCUGAUGUCAUUCUAAUUUGAUAAGGUCAGAGAAAUGAGAGACUUCAGGCUUUUGAAGUUUUAAUUUUGUGAUCAAUGACCAUUGUGAGCUUUUUUCCUUUUACACAGUAUCAAGAAUUUGUAUGAAUUGCCAUUUUUCACGUUGCUGUAUUCCAUGAUGAAUGAAUAGACUUUUUUUGCAUGCACCAUGAAAUAAUUCAAAACUUCCGGCAAAAAUGGCAAUUCAUGGUAUUUCCAAAGUAGCUCACAAGUGACACACACAAAAAAAACUAAACGUGACUCCUAUUUCUUUUGAUGGACUUAUAUUGAAAUUUCAUUUAUAUAUUACUCUUCUUUCUCUACUUAUAUUAUAGAGAUGUCUGGGUGGACUUUUCCUUCAAUCAACAUUGGUGGAAAGUAAAAAAAUUCUUCAGAAUGAUACAAUUCCUCUGCAAGUGUACGCUGACAUUUACUUUAGGAGCUGUCCUACCCAAAUGUUUUGGCCAGUGUGCACCGAUGUGUAUAUGGCAAGCCAUUUAAACAUUCUAUCCUAUUUUUUGAUUAAAAAUAGGAUGAUUAUGAUAUCAAUAGCUUGCCAAAGGUACGUUGGCAUACGCUGGAUGAAACAUGGAGGUGGGACAGUGCCUACUUUCAAUAUUUAGCUUCCAAUAUCUGGGUAUGGUACUGUUAAUUACUCAUCAAUGAAAAUCCAAAUUUGAGGCCUUUUGAUAUCAAUAAUAUCCAUGUGGAAUUGCCCGUUAUGGUUGCGUCUGUAGUAGAGCCUUAAUUCUUCAGGGUAUUUUGUGAACCAAAUCAAAUACUUAUUGUCUAUGUUAUCCUUUCUUUCUUGUCCAUAUGAAUGUGUGAUGUAGACGUUUUUCUCACUUCUUUUAAUAACUUUUAUAUAUUGAGCCAUACACAAUCUCUUUAUUUUUUCCAACAAAAAAAAGACCCUCAAUUUAAUUUUGAAUCUUUACAUUUUUAGCGUGACUAUGUAAAAUGUGCAAAUUACAAAUACAAUCUAUACCAAAUGGCUUUGUUUAACAGGAAAAAAAUCCUUUUGUUUUUACCUAUUUUUUCUUAUAUAUUGGUUUUUAUUGGGUUUCCCAUAUGCCAUCAGAGUAGCAUUGAUCUGAACCAAUACAGAAUUUAAAAUCAAUUUGUACAUUGUAGUUUAUAUCAAGACACCUUUACUCAAAGUUAUUGCUCUAUGCUCUGUUGAUAUGAUAUAUCAGUGAGUUUGAAUUAGCGGUAACAUAUGGAUGUACAAUAUAUAACUACAUGUAUAACAAAGGCAGUGGGAGAUUUGUAAAUGCUGUGUUAUCAUUUAAUAUCUAAUUUUAAAAUGAAAUAUGGUGUAAAUGUUUUGGAUAGAUAUUUUUGUACGACAACAAACUACAUAAUAUACACGAAGUGCAUGAAAAGUUAUAGACAUACCAUAGGCCUUCCCACCAGUAUAUGUUGAUAUAUAUAUAUAUGACACAGUUUAUUGAGCCACGUAUGUUAGUAUUCUCCAAUUUCUGAAAUUCAAUUGGAAGGAGUCUACAGUUAGCAUAUGACAUUUUGGCAUUUAAACAAUGUUCCUUCCUUGCAAAAUCCUCUUUUUGCUAUGAAUCUUUUUUUUUUUUUAAUGAGUUCAAUGACCUUUUCUCUCUUUUGGAAGUGUUAUCUUGCUUCAUGGCUCAUAAGUUCCAAGUCUAUCAUGAUUAGGACAUAUCGCAAAUCUUAGAUUUGGAAGGUUUUGGCUAGUUUAAAAACAUGCAUGAAUUAAAUACAAAUGCUUGUUCAAUUCAA